CGUACUUCUUCACAACAACAAACUCAAAACCUUAUUCAUAAAAAAAAAUGUCAUCGAUAGUGCUCAUGUUUGUGGUUCUAACCAUUCUUUCCAUGGGUUUGAACGUCUCUCAAGCGACAUCUCGUGUCACCUUCCACGAGCCACUAUUGGCUGACCACCAUCAACAAUGGAUGAAUCGAUUCUCUCGAGUUUAUAACAGCGAGCUCGAGAAACAGAUGAGAUUCGACAUGUUCAAGAAGAACUUUAAAUUCAUUGAGGAAUUUAAUAGAAAGGGAGACAGAACCUACAAGCUUGGUGUCAACGAGUUUGCGGAUUGGCCCGAAGAGGAUUUCAUUGCCACACAUACCGGUCUUAGGAGCACUGGCGGAUAUUCACCAAGUGGAUUUAUGUAUGAAGUGGAACCGUAUCAGGACUGGAACGUCACUGAUGUCGCCCCUCAUGAGACCAAAGAUUGGAGAAACGAAGGAGCUGUAACACCGGUUAGAUACCAAGGCCUAUGCGGAGGUUGUUGGGCGUUCUCAGCUGUUGCCGCUGUGGAAGGUGUGACAAAGAUUGCCGGAGGCAAACUUAUACCAUUAUCUGAACAACAGCUUAUAGAUUGCGACAGAGGGUAUAAUAAUGGUUGUGGAGGUGGGAUAAUGACAGAAGCUUUCGACUACAUAGUCCAAAACCAAGGCAUUGCCUCAGAAGAAGCUUACCCUUUCUCAGAGCAAGCGUACCCUUUCCUAUGGACAUACGAGAUGUGCCGGUUUAAUGCGAGACCCGCCGCAUCAAUCAGAGGUUUCCAGACUGUUCCAAGCAACAACGAGCGUGCGUUGCUCGAGGCUGUGUCGAGACAGCCUGUCUCGGUUUCCAUUGACGCAGAUGGACCCGGUUUCAUGCAUUACUCAGGGGGAGUGUACGAUGAGCCGUACUGUGGGACCAGAGUGAAUCAUGCGGUGACGUUCGUUGGCUACGGGACUAGCCCUGAAGGGAUCAAGUAUUGGCUAGCUAAGAAUUCUUGGGGUGAGACUUGGGGAGAGAAUGGUUACAUUAGGAUUCGUAGAGACGUGGACUGGCCUGAGGGCAUGUGUGGUGUGGCUCAGAAUGCUUAUUAUCCAAUUGCUUAAUUAAGUGGCAAAUGGCUUAUUGUUUAAGUGUUAUAUAACACUAGAAUAACAAAAGUGACUAGUUUGGUUUAUUAAUUGAUUAUAUAGUCUGGCUUAGGACU